AUGCAAUUGGUAGCAAGUUCCCAUCCUUGCAAAUCUACAUCUGUUCGACUUAUCAUGGAGUCACUAAGCAACGAGACCAUGCUCAUGAUCGAGCAGGCUACCAACUAUAUUAACACAUGCCGAAUCAAAAAUAAUCCCAUGGAUAUCCUUGCAAUACGUAUGCUGAUGUUACUACUGUACGCUACAGUGUUCGUAGUGGCAGUAUCUGGAAACUUCCUCGUUGUUUACGUUGUGAUGAACAACAAACGAAUGCAGACGGUCACAAAUAUUUUCAUAACAAAUCUAGCCAUCUCGGAUCUACUUGUAAACUUUACAUCACUUUGGCUAACUCCCAUGUAUACUUAUGUUGGACACUGGAUUUGGGGAGGAUGGUUAUGCCAUGGCCUUCCUCUAUUUCAAGGUACAAGUAUUUUUAUAAGUACGCUAACAUUGAUGGCUAUCGCUAUGGACCGUUACUUUGUUAUUGUUCAUCAUUCCAGUUCUAUGAACAUUAAUGACAGGAUGUCGAUGAGGACUUGUAUACUGGUUGUGACUCUUAUAUGGCUGUUGUCACUGCUGUUGGUUAUGCCAUAUGCCUACCAUAUGAGGCUAACAUUCAUUACCGAACCUUGCAAUUUUUGGGUGUGUGGAGAGGACUGGUCACUGAAGAGAAUUAAGAGCAUCUAUGGAGUUAUAGUUAUGGCUUUACAGUUCAUCGUUCCAUUUAUUAUUAUUGGAAUCAGUUACCAUAGCAUUUGGUCGUUUUUGAAUGGCAGACGUCGUUUGACAACGGAACGAGCGGUAGAAACUAAUAGGUAUAUGGCUAAGUAG